UCAAAGUUUCUCUUCAGUUAUCCAGAAUGCCCCCAUGUUUUUCAGCAAGUUUAAUGCAUGCACCUAACAACUUUUUCCAGCCCAAAAUGAUUGAAACAACGCAGAAGAUGAAGCUCUCCAACACUUUGUGUUUCAACACCAUCCAAGCUAGCUAGAAGGUAGCAACUUAGCACGAUGAGCAAUCUAUUGCAGCAACUUCUACUUCCUUUACUCCUCCCCAUUCUUUCAAUAUUCUUCAUUCUUCCUUCUCUAAUGCAUGCAAAAUCUGUCAUUGAACCAUGUAGAUCUUCAGACUCAUGCACCUCUCUUCUCUCUUAUAUUUUACCCUUUGACUCCAAAAUCUCAGAGAUUGCAUAUCGAUUCCAAGUAAGUAUUACUGAUAUCCUUGCCACAAACUCCAUCACCCCUGCAAUACCAACCCUUGGGAACAAUGUUCUUCGAGCUAAUUCCCUUGUGAAAAUACCCAUUUCGUGUCCCUGCGUGGAUGGUAUCAGGCGAUCUGUGUCAACCGAAUAUAUAGUUCGCGCAGCUGACACUGCAGAAUCCAUAGCAGAUGGAUAUGGAGGGCUUGUUAGUGCUGAGCAAAUUGGGAUUGUGAAUGGCAUCAAUGCGAAGAACCCUUUGUUUGACAGCCAAAGCCUCGUGAUACCAUUGCCAUGCACAUGCUUCAACAACAAUAACAAUGGGAUCACCAGAGUGUACAUGUCGUAUGUGGUGCAGAGAGGAGAGAGCUUGAGCAGUAUUGGGCAGGAAUUCGGCGCCACUGUCAUGGAUUUGGAGGCCAUCAAUGGGCUCGGACAAACUGUGGUUGAUCCUGGAGACAUACUAGCUAUUCCAAUUUCAGCAUGUUCUUCGGCAAAUCUGAACUGGUACAAUGAGAGCCUAAUCGUGCCAAAUGGUUCUUAUGCUCUUACUGCGAACAACUGCAUCAAAUGCAUCUGUGGAACAGACGACCUCAACUUGCAGUGUUUUCCAUCUGGCAACACAGCCCCAUGCUCUCGUUUGCAGUGCAAAGGAUCUAGUCUUUUUAUCGGGGAUGCAUAUGUUCAGCGCACUGUUGCUGGUAAUUGUAAUGUCACUACCUGCGUCUACCGUGGCCAUGCUGGCCGCAAAAUUUUCCGAAGUUUGGCAAGUUCUUCUCAGUGCCCAGAUAAGCACAAGGCAAACUCACCAAUAUCUGGAUUAUCUCCAGUGUCAUCCCGUGAUCCGAUAGACCCAUUUAUAACAGUGUCUCCAUCUCCAUCUCCAGCUUAUAUUAAUCCAAGUACUAUUGGGACUGGUACUGCCUCUGGUCCUACAAGUUAUGCACAGAACUCAUAUAUUUCUGGUGAUGGUGGAUUGCUUGGCGAAGCUUCAUGUUACAAUUUAUUGCUUCCAGCCCUUGUACUUCAAUAUUUCAUGUGGUAAAUAUAUGGUAUCUUCAAAUA